AUGCAUUUAUACUCGAAUCGAGAAUGCUUCGCACGAAAUUUUCCCGCCGUUCCGGUUGCUCCUUGUAUUCCCCGGAAUGAUUCAUUCGAUGAUCAGUCACCGUUGGCACAUCCACAGCUUGUGCCAUCGUUCGUCCAGUCCUCGGCUCGUAGUUCAAGUUCAUCGUUGACAAUGAGCAACAGUCGUUUCCCACUGGAUGAUGCUACAACACUCAAAAAGUGCCCCACUGCCUCAACACCAAGCCCGAAAGUGCUGAAUGACAGCAUCAAUGCAGCGGACUGCUGGACCAAAGAAUCCAUAAAACAACCUGUUUCUGGCAAUUUGGAAGACAAAAAUUUGAAGAAAGAGGCACCGAACAUGUUCAAAAUCAUACAAAACUAUAUGGGUGAUAGGAAGUGCAAAACAUCUGCUGAUCAGUCCUCGGCUCGUAGUUCAAGUUCAUCGUUGACAAUGAGCAACAGUCGUUUCCCACUGGAUGAUGCUACAACACUCAAAAAGUGCCCCACUGCCUCAACACCAAGCCCGAAAGUGCUGAAUGACAGCAUCAAUGCAGCGGACUGCUGGACCAAAGAAUCCAUAAAACAACCUGUUUCUGGCAAUUUGGAAGACAAAAAUUUGAAGAAAGAGGCACCGAACAUGUUCAAAAUCAUACAAAACUAUAUGGGUGAUAGGAAGUGCAAAACAUCUGCUGAUCAGCUAGCACUGACACUUUGCGAGUGGGGUUUCUCAAAAGAAAGCUUCGCCGAUGAGCUUUUUUGUCAGCUUAUGAAGCAGUUGACUUCCAAUGAACGAUGUGAAUCGGUACGCAAAGGCUGGGAAUUACUUGCCAUUUUCCUGUCAUUUUUUGGGCCAGCCAAUCCAGAAGUUACGCAAAGGCUGACUGAGUUCAUUGAGUCAAAUUCGGAUCGAUUGUUGGAUAUGCCUGAGGUACCCGUAUCACACUACGCAAUUCAGUGCAGUAGACGUAUGAUGCGGGUGACAUCAGCCGGGCAGAAGCCAUCGCUCAGUCUAAUUCAGGAGUCCCGUGUACAUAUUUUUAAUCCUCCUCAAUUCUCCGCUCCUCUGGAAGAGCUUAUGGAAAUGCAAGCUGAAAAAUAUCCUGAAAGGAUGCUGCCUUGGUUAGAGACAACGCUAAUAGAUUUGAUUUUAUCAGCAGAUGGCCAGCAUACCGAAGGACUUUUUCGUGUGCCAGCAAAUCCCGAUCAUGUGCAUACAGCUCGAUUGCGCCUGGAUCGUGGAGUUGUUCCAGUGGUACGUGAUGCACAUGUACCGGCUGCCUUACUAAAGUUGUGGUUACGUUCGCUUCCGGAACCGCUACUCCCAGAUGCAUUUUAUUCGCGAUGCCUGGCUGUCUGUGAUCAACCGGAAGAGGCUUGCCGGAUUGUUGAGCUACUUCCUGCUGUAAAUCGACUUGUAUUAGCAAAAUUGCUUGAACUUCUUCAGUUGCUGGCAGAAGAAGAAACAGUGAAAUGCACGAAAAUGGAUGUGUGUAAUUUGGCGAUGGUAAUGGCACCAAAUGUUCUGAGGUGUGGCAGUGACGAUCCGCGUGUUAUCUUUGAUAAUGCGCGACGUGAAAUGACCUUCCUCAAAACGCUUAUUUUGCACUACGAUACAUCUUUUAUACGUACCCUCUCAUGA